AUAGCUACAUGUUUAGAAAGGGCGUGGCUCGUGCGGGGCGGUGGCAAAAGAUGGCGACGGCUGCUGACUCGGAGUACAAGAUCGUGUUGCUGGGGGACCCGGGAGUGGGGAAGACGACGUGGUUCCUGCAGGUGAGGCAGGGAGAAUUCGUGGACACGGAAAAUACCGCCAUGAGCAUGGGUGUGGAUCAUCUAGAGCACAAAGUAACUGUGGACGAAAAGGAAGUAAAGGCCUACCUGCACGACACUGGAGGAGGUGAGAGAUUUCGGACACUGACUGCCAAUUUCUACCGACACGCUGACGCAGCCAUCUUGAUGUACAGUGUAGAGGACCGCUACACGUUUGAGAACUUGCAGGAAUGGGUUGAGAGUGCGGCAGACGUGGUGGACAUGGACUCCUUUGUGUUUGCUCUGGUUGGCAACAAGUCUGACCUUCCGUUGGAGGUGGAACAUGAGAGUAUUAGGGCCCGUUGUGACAUCCUCGGGACCCAGCUCAGUUUUUUCACCUCUGCCAAGACAGGAGAUAACGUGAUGGAGUCAUUUGAGAAGAUGGUUCACUACCUCCACAGGACCAGGAGCACUCGAUCAUCAGCUCCCACUACAAUUACUGGGACCAUCAUUAGACCGAGUGGCGGGAAACAGAAACAAACUUGCUGCUCACUAAUGUAGUGUGUGUUUGCUAUGGGUGCAUAUUAUUACAUGUGUGUCAUUGUACGUGUCAGAGAAAGAGUUAUCUGUAUUUGGAAAGGUGCA